AUGAACAAACAAAUGUUCAGUAGUUCUAACUUUGCAGAGAACAAUAAGCUUAUUUGUGAAAAUGACUCCAUAGUAGAAUCACCAGCAGUGAGGUGGUUUAAUUGGUUAGAAAAAAUGAAUUUGGAAAAAUGGUCAGCAAUAAUAACGUUAUUGUUUGGCAUUUACGUAAGAUGGGCAGUGGGUUUGCAUCCAUACUCUGGUCAAAACACUCCACCCAAAUAUGGAGAUUAUGAAGCUCAGAGACAUUGGAUGGAAUUAACAUUACAUUUGCCAAUAAAUCAAUGGUAUUACUAUGAUUUUAAAUGGUGGGGUCUUGAUUAUCCUCCUUUAUCGGCAUAUGUUAGCUGGAUUUGUGGUAAAAUAGGAUCUUUAUUUAAUCCAGAAUGGUUCGUGUUGGACACAUCGCGUGGGUUGGAAAAUGAGGAAAAUAAAUUAUUCAUGCGAUCUUCCGUGUUGGUUCUUGAAUAUUUAAUAUAUUUACCAUCAAUCUUUGUGUUUGUGAAUUGGUGGUUUGCCAAUGAUUCUUGGAAAAGGCGUGGAUUAGCAAUAUUAUUCAUUCUCCUUCAGCCUGCUCUUAUACUAAUAGAUCACGGCCAUUUUCAGUAUAAUUCUGUGAUGCUAGGACUUACGAUAUGGGCAUUGAAUUGCUUUUUCUUUGACUAUGACGUUUUAGGGAGUAUUUUCUUUUGCCUGGCAUUGAGUUUUAAGCAAAUGGCUCUUUACUUCGCACCCGCUAUUUUUGCUUAUUUAUUAGGAAAGUGCAUAAAAAACAAUACACAAGGAAUAAUACUUUUUGUGAAGUUGAGUGUUACAGUGAUUAUCACUUUUGCUAUCGUGUUUUUCCCUUUCUUAGAUUCGGUUGAACAUAUCAUGCAAGUCAUCACACGUCUAUUCCCCUUUCAGCGUGCUAUCUUACCAUCAUGUAUACACCUCGGUUCAAAUCCAGACAAACGUCGGCUUGUUUAUUGUUUAGCGAAUUCUUCAUUGGCAUUUUUUAUGUUUUCUUUCCAAGUUCAUGAAAAGUCAAUAUUAUUACCCGCAUUACCGAUUACACUGCUGAUUUUAGAUGAGCCAUUCUGGAGUUCAUGGUUUAAUAAUGUUGCCCUUGUUUCCUUUAUUGAAGAAGGAGCAUUUGAUCCUGCCUUAUUUCGUUGUAUGGCUUAUGUGGAAUUGGAUGGGUUCUUUUGUUGA